UUCUGCAUAUUCAGUUCUGCCUUUGUGAAUGCAAAACAUGGCAAAGAAACAAGGGAACGGCACCAAGGUAGCUCCAAAGGGACACUUUGUUGUGUAUGUGGGCGAUGAGCUGAAGAGAUUUGUGGUUCCAUUAUCUCACUUGAAGAGUCCUACUUUCAAGAAACUACUAGAGAGAGCUGCAGAGGAGUUCGGAUUUAGUAACCAUGGCCGCAUUGUCCUUCCCUGUGAUGAAGCAGCCUUCUACAUCAUGGUCUCAGAUAUUGCAGAAAAUGAGGGUGCAUAAGAUGUUUAGCUCCUCAUGGCUCCUGACAUGUACAUUACUUUCCUCGUGAUGAACAAUUUUUUUACAUUUUUUGAUUUCACAGUUCAUGACUUCAUGUAACAUAUAUGAUAUAUGUAUAUGUAACACCCCAAGAUGUAAGCUGUCUUCGUCUGCAAAAGUAGUACAUAUCUGGUUUCUAUGAGAAAUGUGGGCUUUGAAUUCUUAUGAUGAGUUCCA